AUGGCGUUGUCCGACUUGGAGCACCUCCGGGUGCUUCUGAAGGAGGAAACGCAGCAGCUUCGCCAGGAGCUGCGACGGGACAUCUCCGAGAUCCGGCAGAACGAGCAGAUCGAGCAGCCCACGCUGGAACGGCUGCUGUCAGGGAAUAUGGGGCAAGUCGGGCAGAUGCCCCCGGAACUCAUCAGGACCUUCAGCUCUCCAUUGUUUCCCAGAUCUUGGUCUCGGCAUGUCUCGGAUGGAGAUCACGCAUCGCAAGGGGCAGGCCAUACGGAGCACGAUGACGAGUUGUUCGAAUGGCAUCGGCACCCACGGAAAAUCCAGCCGCGGAGCAGCAGCAGUUCUCCCAACAACCGCUUUCGGCGCGGCCGGGCCGCGAGCAAACAUGGGAAUUCCCCCAACCGGAAACGCUUUGGCAACAGUUUGCUCCCUGCACCGCAAAUGCCUGAGGAGGCCAGCUUGAUCCGCACCUCCAGACGAUUCUCUCAGAUGUCAAACCCAUUGUUGAUCCGAGACCAAGCCCGAAGCCCCGCAUUCUACCUGGAAUCCAACUUGAGAUCCCUGGUUGAAUCCUCACUUUUCUCCACCUUCAUAGGGGCCAUGAUUUUGACCAACUCGAUCUUCAUUGGCGUCCAGACGGACUAUGCAGCCUCCACUUGGCAGGCCCAAACGCCCCCCUUCUUCGUGGUCAGUAGGUUGGUUGCAGCGAGUGAGAUGCUUUUUGCCUUAAUCUUCCUUUCUGAACUCAUUCUCCGCAUCGCGGCCUAUCGAUGCGACUUCUUCAGUGGCCCGGACAUGGCCUGGAACCUCUUUGACACGAUGCUCAUCUUGUCCCAGGCCGUGGAGCAAGGGAUCACUGCGAGCAUCAUCUACCAAAACGGCCUGCAGGACCUGGAUCUGUCACAACUCACCGACGACACUUUGGUUUUGCGGGCCCUGCGGAUCUUUCGAUUGCUUCGCAUUUUGCGGAUUCUCCGAAUCAUGCACAUCAGCGGUGAGCUCCAGGCCAUUGUCACUGCUGUCAUGAAGGGCCUCCGCUCGUUUCUAUGGACCGUGAUCUUCCUGUUGCUUCUUCUCUAUGCGGUCGGCGUCUUCAUUACGCAGAGCGUAACGGAUUUCAAGAUCAGUUUGGACAGCCGUUCGGCGUUGGACCCAGAGCUGGCGGACUAUUUUGGCACCUUAGCUGGGACGAUGUUGGCCCUCUUCCAGGCGGUGACCGACGGCCAGGAGUGGCGCGAGAUGCUAAAACCCUUGAUGCGCGAGAUCUCGCCCUGGAUGGCGGUGCCCUUUUGUAUCUACAUUGCCUUUACGGUCUUUGCGUUGCUGAAUAUCUUGACAGGCAUUUUUGUUGACUCUGCGCUACAGAAUGGACAAGAGGAGAAGCGGCGCUUUUUGCUCCAAGAAGUGGGUCAACUCUUCUUGGAAGCGGACAAGGAGCAGAUGACUUGGGUGGAUUUCCAGGCUCAAUUGGAGAACCCACACCUGCAGCAACUCUUUCACGCCUUGGAUGUGGAUGAAGAGGAUGCCUUUAUGCUCUUCCACAUGUUGGAUGCCAGUCACGAGGGCCACAUUCAGGCGGACGAGUUCCUGAACGGCUGCCUACGUCUGGAUGGCCCUGCCAAGGCCAUUGACCUGGCGGCUUUCAUGGAGGAAUCCCGCAAGGUGAACCGAACAUUCCUGGCACAUGCCAAAUUUGUGAACAGCACCCUGUGCUGGUUGGUUUCCGCCAUUCAUGCCCAGAACCAGCAAGCGAGGCCGCUUGACUCAGGCCAACAGGGUGCCAGCUGAUUUAGCGGCACC